CCAAAUUCCAGGCUGUACCGCUAAACUGGGGCUUUUGUGGGUUUUGGAUUCUAAACAUCUUUCAUUAUGAGUUACGGUGUCAAAGGAUCCUCAAAGGGCAGUGGUGGCAGAGUUAGCAUAAGUAGUGGUGGUGGUGGUGGUGGUGGUGCUGUGAGUGGCGGAAGUUGUAUUGGUGGUGGUGGAGGCAUGAGCGGCGGAAGUAUUGGUGGUGGAGGCAUCAGCAGUGGAGGUGGUGGAAGUAUCAAAAUUAGAGGUUCAUCCUCAGGAUCCUCAAGAGGAUAUUCUGGAAGAAGCUUUGGUGGAGGUUCCAGGACUUAUGGUGGAGGGGGUGGAUUCAGCAGUGGCAGCUGUGGAAGAAUCAGCAGAGGGAGAAUCUCCUAUGGUGGCAGCUAUGGUGGCGGAAGCACCUAUGGUGGCGGGGCUGGCUAUGGUGGGGGACUAGGUUAUGGUGGUGGACUUGGCUAUGGUGGUGGUGGUGGUGGUUAUGGCAUGGGUGGUGGUGGACUUGGUGGUGGACUUGGCGGUGGCUUUGGUGGUGGUAGCAUGGGUGGUGGAGGAUUCAGUAGUGGUAGUUUUGGUGGAGGUGGCUUCGGUGACAGUGGCCUUCUCUCCAACAAUGAAAAGUCCACCAUGCAGAACCUUAAUGACCGCCUGGCUUCUUACAUGGACAAGGUAAAAGGCCUGGAAGAAGAAAACAAUCAGCUGGAGAUCUUAAUCCGAGAGUGGUACCAGAAGCACGGACAACCUAGCUCACCAAGGGACUACAGUGGCUACUAUCAACAAAUUGAUCAGCUCUACAAUGAGCUGAAGUUCCAAACCGAAAGUGGUCUCCGUCAGAAUGUGGAGGCUGAUAUCAAUGGACUGCGUCCUCUCUUGGAUCAGCUGACUCUCAGCAGGUCUGAUCUGGAGAUGCAGUUUGAGUCUCUUAAAGAAGAACUGAUCAGUCUCAAGAAGAACCACGAGGAGGCCCUGAGAGGACUGCAACACCAGUCCGGUGGCGAUGUCAGUGUGGAGGUGAAUGCUGCUCCUGGCCUGGAUCUGAAACAACGUCUUGAUCAGCUCAGGGCUGAAUACGAACACCUCAUUGAUCAAAACCGCAGAGAGGUGGAAAGCUGGUAUGAAACCAAGAUGGAGGAGGUUCGCCAACAGGUCACUUCAAGUGGUCACGAGAUGGACAGCACCAGCCAGCAAGUUUCAGACUUGAGGCGGGAGUAUCAGACGCUGGAGAUCGAGCUGCAAUCCCAGCUUAGCAUGAUCCAGUCUAUGCAAAACAGUCUGGAAGACACAGAACGCCGGUACAAUCUGCAGCUGCAACAGAUUCAGACCCUGAUUGAGCCGGUGGAAGCAGAACUGGCCAGCAUCCGGUGUGAGGUCGAGAGCCAGAACCAGGAGUACCAAUUGCUCCUGGGCAUCAAGACACGCCUGGAACAGGAGAUUGCUCAGUACCGCCGACUGCUCGAGGAAGGACAGCAAGAAAUCGGGUCUGUUGGAGGAGGAUACGGAAUUUCAUCUGGAGGAGGAUACGGAGGUGGUAGCAUGGGAGGAGGAAGCAUGGGAGGAGGGGGCAGAAUAGUCGGAGGAGGCAUCAGUGGAGGCAGUAUGGGAGGAGGAAGUAUGGGCAUCGGAGGAGGAAGUAUUGGAGGAGGCCGAAUUGGAGGAGGAAGCAUAAGCGGAGGCAGUAUGAGCGGAGGCGGCAUGAGCGGAGGAGGCAUGAGCGGAGGCGGCAUGAGCGGAGGAGGCAUGAGUGGAGGCGGCAUCAGCGGAGGAGGCAUCAGCGGAGGAGGCAUGAGUGGAGGAGGCAUCAGUGGAGGAGGCAUGGGCGGCAGAUCAUGCAGCCCAGUUGGAGGAAGUAGCCAAAUUGGUGGAGGAAUGUCAAGCAGUCAAAUUGGAGGAGGUGGCGGCGUUAGUUCUUCACGUUCUCAGUCCUACUCCAGUUCACAUUCCUCAGGACAUGGAAGGAAAUCCAUGGAUUAAUCAGCUGCCGUAUGAAGACGCUCUGACCCCAAGCCCUACAAGUAGUUCUGCUGAUAAAGAAAGAGUGCAGCCGCUGCCGUUCCCUGCAACGCAAACCCACAAAACUGACAGGAUUCCCUUUUUCAGCUACCUGACUUCACCAUCUCCCCACAGAAGUCUAUUGCAGCGGCUCCCCAAAUUCCCCAUCCUGCUAGUUUCUCCCAUUCUUUAAUGCCCUUUCUAGCAGAACGUCCUCUUGCUUUACUUUGUUACACAGAAUGGCUGACCGCUCAGCCUUUUAGUGUUGUUGAGGGUUGUCUAAUAAAGCUCUAUUACUGCUUGAA